AUGCUGAAUCGGUCGGAUACAUACGCUGCUAGUCUUGCAGAGGACUCAAUGAUCGAUGGUCUUCUCGGCCGUUCCAAGCAGCGCGGAGUGAAGCAUUGGUUCUCCUCAAAUCCAGCCAUCAAGCAGGAGCGAUCAGUGUAUGUUCAAUACUACUUUCCGGUCUUCAAAUGGAUGCCACAAUACCGCUGGGACUUUCUGCGUGGAGAUCUCAUUGCAGCAUUGACCAUGGCGAGUUUUUACAUUCCCAUGGCACUGUCAUACGCAAGCAACCUCGGGCACAUGCCACCGAUCAACGGACUAUAUGCUUUCGCUUUCAAUCCGUUCAUAUACGCCCUCUUAGGAACUUGUCCUCAGAUGGUAGUGGGGCCUGAAGCGGCAGGAUCCUUGCUUACCGGAAGCGUUGUCACCGAGGCCAUUAAGGCGGGUCAUUUUGACGAGAACGAUGGCAUGCGAGCCGCACAGGUGGGCGGCAUGGUCACAGGCCUGGCCGGAGCCAUCAUUCUUGCUGCCGGACUUUGCCGACUGGGGUUUCUAGACAGCGUUCUUUCCCGUCCGUUCCUCAGGGGCUUCAUCAGCUCUAUUGGCAUUGUUAUCUUCAUCGACCAGCUCAUCCCAGAGAUGGGACUUGACGACAUCGCAGCCGAGACUGGAGGCUCCCACGGCUCGCCACUUGAUAAACUUGUCUUCAUCAUGCGGAAUAUCGGCAAUUCGCACAAACUGACAUGUAUCGUUAGCUUCACGAGCCUUGGCAUUGCCCUGGUCCUGAGGGAGCUCAAACGAAGACUUUCGACAAUAUCGAAGCUGGGCUGGGUCGUCUACUUUCCCGAUCGAUUCCUCAUAGUUGUUCUUUCGGCAGUCUUCGCCUGGAACUUUGGCUGGGAAGCCAAAGGAGUCGACAUCCUCGGCGACAUCAAAGUCCCAAAAGGUCAAGUCCCCUUUCAACCUCACUUUCCAUUCGCCGAGAGCAACUUCAAAUAUGUCAACGAUGCAUUCACUACUUCUUUGAUUGUUGCGCUGCUGGGUUUCUUUGAGAGCUGCGUUGCUGCGAAGAGUCUCGGCAACUCUACAGGCAAGGUCGAGAAGAAGUUGAGGACGAAAAGUGACGGCACGGUCGAGGAGGUACACGAAAGCGAUGGUAUCGUGGGGAUGUCCGUCUCAUCCAACCGUGAGCUCGUCGCGCUCGGCGUAGCCAAUCUCAUUGGCGGCGUUUUCAUGGCCCUGCCGGCCUUCGGUGGCUACGGGCGAAGCAAAGUCAACAAAAGCACAGGAGGCAGAACGCCCAUGAGCAGUAUCUUCCUCUCGCUGAUUACUGUUAUCUGCAUCUACUUUCUGCUGCCAUAUUUCUAUUACAUUCCGAGAGGAGUCCUCAGCGCCAUGAUCACAGUAGUCUCCAUCUCGCUACUUGAAGAGGCGCCGCAUGACAUCUUCUUCUUCUGGCGCAUCGGAGGCUACAUUGAGCUAUUCCUGAUGGUCCUAAUUUUCCUGACCACGUUCUUCUGGUCAUUGCGUGGCGGUAUCCUGGUCGGCCUAGGCUUCAGUCUGAUCCGCUUGUUACGACACUCGACACGACCGCGAAUCCAGAUCCUUGGCCGCGUGCCAGGAACCAACGAUUACGACAAUGCCGAGAUCCUCGCGCAGGACGGCAACGUCGAGAUGGCGCCGAACUGUCUGAUUGUCAAGAUCCCGGAGCCGCUCACAUUCGCCAAUACCGGUAGCCUCAAAGAUCGUCUGCGGCGACUCGAGGAACACGGUACCAACCUGGCCCACCCGGCGCUGCCGUCAGUACGGAACCAGGAGCACAACAAGAACAUCAUCUUCGACGUGCACGGCGUCACAGGCAUGGACUACGCCGCCAGUCAGGUCCUUCUGGAGAUCGUCAGCGACUACAUCGAUCGUGGCACCAUGGUCUUCUUCACCCGUGUGCCCAGCAAGCGCUCCCACGUCUGGGAGUUGUUCGAGCGCACGGGCAUCGUGGAGCUGUGUGGCGGCGAGAAGAACUUCCUGCGGAGUGUCGAUGAGGCCCUCCACGCGGCUGAGCGGGCGACCACUUUCACCGAGUACGCCGAGCGCCGGGUCAGCACGGCUGUGCCGGAAGGUUUCCACCCCGAUGAGGGCGGACCGACACCCAACAUCUCACCAGAUCUGACCGCCCGGUCGAGGAGGAGAAGUGGGGAUGAGGACGCAAGCUGA